AGCAGCCUUGGGGCUCUCCAAGGUCUCAUCGCCAUGCGCUCCUACUCCGAUAUGCAUGCCUCUGUAGGCUGCUUUCUAACAUUUUUCCUCCUCAUCUGUGUCUCCUACGCCCUUUCCGAUGCUGAAGUUUCCUCCAUCGCCCGCCGGCAGCUCCUGAGCCUCCCAAAGAACGGUGACCUCCCUGAUAAUUAUGAGUACCAAGUCAAACUCAACAUCACAUUUGAAAACUCCAGGCUCAGGCGGGCUUACAUUGCUCUCCAGGCAUGGAAAAAUGUAAUGUACUCUGACCCUUUAAACACCACCGGUAAUUGGGUUGGCCCCGAUGUUUGCAGUUACGAGGGCGUUUUUUGUUCGGGAGCUCUCGACGAUCCCAAGUUGAAGGUUGUCGCUGGAAUUGACAUCAACCACGCUGACAUCGCGGGAUAUCUUCCUGUGGAAUUGGGAUUGUUGACGGAUAUUGCCCUGUUUCAUAUCAACACCAACAGGUUUUGUGGGAUUAUUCCAAAAAGUUUUUCGAAACUUGGGCUUUUGUUCGAGCUUGAUGUUAGCAAUAAUAGAUUUGUCGGGUCAUUCCCCGAUGUUGUGCUUGCAUUGCCCUCCCUCAGAUACCUUGAUUUAAGGUACAAUGAAUUUGAAGGUAAGGUACCAUCUCAGCUUUUCGAGAAGGAACUGGAUGCGGUGUUCUUGAACAACAAUCGCUUCACCUCCACCAUUCCGCAGACUUUAGGGUAUUCUCGGGCAUCUGUCAUCGUCUUGGCUAAUAACAAGUUCACCGGUUGCAUUCCGAAUAGUAUUGGUCAAAUGAGCACAACAUUGAAUGAAAUAGUUUUCUUGAACAAUGAUCUGUCUGGAUGCUUGCCGGUGGAGGUUGGAAUGCUUGGAAACGUUACGAUUUUGGAUGUCAGCUCGAAUUCUUUUAGUGGUGUGUUGGCGAAAACGUUUAAGGGGCUUGAAAAAGUUGAGUACCUUGACGUUUCGCGUAACAAGCUGACGGGAUUUGUUGAGGAGAACAUAUGCAAGUUGCCAGGAUUGAAGAAUUUCACAUUUUCGUAUAACUAUUUCAAUGGUGAAGCUGAAGAGUGUGAGCCAUCCAAAAGGACGGAUAUUGCUUUGGAUGAUCGGAAAAAUUGUUUGCCUGAUAGAUCUAAUCAGAGGUCAUCUAAGGAAUGUCAGAAAGUGGUGAGUCGGCCGGUGGAUUGCAGCAAGUCAAAAUGUGGCGAUGGUGGUAGAGGAGGAUCAAAAUCUCCAUCCUCUCCGAAAUCAUCCUCCCAUGCACCAAAUCCAAAACCGCCUAACUCAAAACCAUCUACCGUACCACAUUCGCCAAAAGAACAUUCCCCUGAACCGAAGCCAUCUCCAAAGCCACAGCCAUUUAAAGAAAAACCAAAACCAUCUCCUAAGCCAAAGCCAUCUAAAAAAGAACCCAAACCAAAGCAACCUAAAGAAGAACCAAAACCAUCUCCUAAGCCACAGCCGCCUAAACAAGAACCAAAACCUUCACCUAAACCAGAGCAACCUAAAGAAAAACCAAAACCAUCUCCUAAACCACAGCCACCUAAACAAGAACCAAAACCUUCACCUAAACCUGAACAACCUGAAGAAAAACCAAAACCAUCUCCAAAGCCACAACCACCUAAAGAAGAACCAAAACCAUCACCUCAGUUAGCGCCACCUAAAGAAGAACAAAAACCAUCUCCAAAGCCACAACCACCUAAACAAGAACCAAAGCCAUCUCCAAAGCCACAGCCACCUAAAGAACCAAAACCAUCUCCAAAGCCACAACCGCCUAAACAAGAACCAAAGCCAUCUCCAAAGCCACAGCAACCUAAAGAACGAAAACCAUCUCCCAAACCACAACCACCCAAGGAGCAAUCCCCUGAACCAGUUUCAGCCCCAACGCCACUUCCUAAACCUCCAAAAAUAGAGACACUACAAGCACCAAUUCCACCACUAGGACCAGGUCAUGGUAACGAAUUGUCUCCUCGUGCUCCAGUACAAUCACAACCACCACCAAAGCAACCUUUAGCACCAGCACCGACACCAUAUGAUGAUCCUCAUAAACAAUCACCAGUUGGUGACGAUUUAUCUCCUCCUCUCCCGGAACAAUCAUCACCACUGCCUCCAGUUCAAUCUUCACCACCACCACCACCACCAACAAUGCACUCCCCUCCACCACCUAUACACUUCCCUCCUCCUCCAGUUCAUUCUUCUCCACCACCACCACCACCAGCGCACUCCGCUCCACCUGUGCACUCCCCUCCACCUCCAGUCCAAUCUCCACCACCACCGCCCGUGCAUUACCCACCACCUCCAGUUCAAUCUCCACCACCACCACCCGUGCACUCUCCUCCACCUCCAGUCCAAUCUCCACCACCACCAGUUUUCUCACCACCUCCGGUGCAAUCUCCACCUCCACCUUUUCCAUCUCCUUCACCUCCCCCUCCUACCCUUAAGGCUCCACCUCCAAUGGAAGAUAUCAUUUUGCCACCAAAUCUAGGUUUUGAGUAUUCGUCGCCACCUCCUCCAUUGUUCCCCGGAUACUAAACGGAGCAAAUUUAGUUUCUUCCAUUAAAUUUUUAUUAUACUU